GCCUGACUCCUUGCGGUGCUUCCAGGGCAGCAGAACUUAUGGUCCAGACUGGGCUGGCAGGCUUUUCCAGGCGGGAUCCAGGAACCCCUUACUAAUCCUGGCAGUGACCAGGGAGAACCUGGGAGAUCAGCGGCAGCCCAGCGUCCAGGAUGUUCACUCUGACCAAGGCCUUGGAAAAGGCUCUUCUCCAGCACUUCAUAUACACGAAGCUGGACAUCGCCUAUGCCAUCAACAAGCCGUUCCCCUUCUUCGAAGCGCUCCGGGACAAUUCCUUCAUCACUGAGAGAAUGUACAAGGAAUCUUUGGAAGCCUGUAAAAAUCUGGUCCCUCUGUCCAGAGUGGUGCACAAUGUUCUCACCAGUCUGGAGCAGACUUUCCACCCAUCCAUGCUGCUGACAUUGUUCAGCCAGGUCAACCUACGGGAAUACCCCAGCCUGGUGGCAAUUUUCAGAAGCUUCAGAAAUGUUGGCUAUGCCUAUGAAGGGAGAAACAGACCCACACCGACCCUACUUGAAGCCCCAGCCAACCCAGCAGAAGGGUGCUCCCUUCACACUCUGCUGCCACCGCCCCCACCCCAGCCAUCGCCAAGUCUUCUGUCCUCUGCACGGAGAGUCUGUAACCCCGGAGCAACCUCACAGCCAAUCACUGAGAUCCUGGAUGAGCAACCUAGCCCUUCUCCCCAAGCCACGCCUCUUCCUGGCUGCAUUCAGGAAGGAACAACCACUUCAGUGUCCUCCAGAGAUCACCAGAGAGAAAAUAAGGAAGACUCUAGAGAGAUGCCCCACAGUUCCUCAGGACCUGAGUCAGUUGUCAAAGACAAUUUAACAUCCAAGACUAACAAGCAAGAUGACUCAGGAGCACAGCCUCUGCAUUCCCCUGCCACCAAGCAUGUGGUACAAGAUGAUUCUCCAGCACCAAAUAACCUGGAAAUGCCCCAGGAAGCACCACCCUGCACACCUGCAAACAAGAAAGCGAGAAAAAGAAAAAGUUGCAUCUGGUCAAAUUCCAAAAGAAGACGGCGGGAAAAAAAGCCCCCUCAGGAUGAGAUGAUGGGAACGGCCUCACCUGGACAUGGAGUUCAAGAGAAGCGCAAGGUGGUGGCUCAGAGGACUCUGAGGAAGGGUGACUCAACUAGGAACGUGAAGGAGGUGACCAGGACUCUGAGGGCAAGGAGGAGCUGUGCCCAGACAUCCGGUUUGCAAGAGAUCAGCAAGGAGACAUCAAAAAGAAGUCGUAGGAAGAGGCCUGGGAAGAGGCCUCGAACAGCAAGAAAAACCACACACGUUCCAGAAAAGUCCAAAGACGAUGACACUGUGGAUUUUCUGUCUCCUACACUCUCUGUCACCUGUGGUAAGGCCAAAGGGACUUUGUUCCUAGAGAAACUGAAUCAAGGAUCCUCAAAGAAGUGCAUUCAGAAUGAGGCAGGAGCUUGGUUCACUGUAAAGGAAUUUUUAAAAGAAGGGGGAAGGGCCAGGUCAAAAGACUGGAAGAGGGCUAUAUGUUGUGCUGGGAAGACAUUAAGAUUUCUGGAGCAGAAAGGACUUUGGUUCUAUACCUCCAAAAGUAAACCUCACAAAAAGGGUGCCUAGCGGAUGAACUUCUGGUGUAUGCUCAGCUGCAGUGUGCUCACCCUCUCUCCAUAUCUGAACUUUGCCUUCGAGCCUCUGAGUGCCCCAGCUCUGAGGACCUUCAUGUUCCUGCAAAGCAACUCAUCACAGCCGACCCAGCACUGGGGUCCACUCUCACGAUGCCUUUGUUCACAGCUGACUUGCAAUGAAAAAGUGCAUGAAUCUUAGAAAGUAAAGAUAAAGCUGUUGGUAUCUA